AUGUCUUUGCCUUCCUCUUCGAUGCCGGACGACGCGGACAUCACCUCACUCCUCGUCGAGCACGCUCGCUCGCAGCCGGACACGAUCGCGCUCCUCUGGCCUGCUGGCGGUGGCGGCUGGGAGCCGCUCACCUACGCCGAGGUCGAGGCGCGCACCGCAGCCUUCUGCGCCGCCUUUUCCUCGCGACAGCUGGCCGCAGGCGCGCGCGUGCAGCUUCUCAUGCGGCCGUGCGCCACCCUCUUCCCGCUCGUGCUCGGCGCCAUCCGCGCCGCCCUCGUCCCGGUCUUUGUCGACCCGUCGAUGCGGCUCGUCAGCGUGGCGGCCGCGGUGCGGCGGGUGGCGCCGGCGGUGGUCGCCGCACCGCUCCCGGUUCACCUCGGGCUCUUCGCGGCCGUCGCGGCCGCGCGCGGCAGCGUCGGGCUCCGCCUCGUGGACGGCGCCCUCGGCGUCGGUGUCGGCCCGACGCUCCGUGCCUUCGAGGCAGAAGGAGCCCGCCGCGUCGCCGCCCGCCGCGUCGCCGUCCGGAGCGCGCCCGUCGCCGCCGACACGGCGGCGGCGAUCGUCUUCACGUCGGGCUCCACCGGCCCGCCCAAGGGCGUGGUGAUGACCCACCGCGGGCUGCGCGCGCGCCUCGCCGGCAUCCGUGCAGAGUACACGAUGCUCUGGCUGCUCGCAGGCGCGGCGCCGGACCCCUUGACCGUGGCGGCGUCCGUAUUCGGCGCACGCCUAUCUCCCCUCGACCGCCGCCCCGCAGGCCUGAGCGUCGCCUUCCCGCACGUCCCCGUCACCCGGCCAGCGGCCGCCUCGGCCGAAGCGCUGCUGGCUGCCGUCGCGGCGCUCAAGCCUGCCGCCGUCUCCGCCUCGGUCGCCGUGUGGGGCAAGGUGGCGCGGCUGGCUGAGGCGCGCGGCGAGGCCCUCUCGCUGCCGCCCGGGGCGGCCGUCAGUCCGGCGAUGCUCGAGCGGCUUCGCGCGGCGCUGCCCACCGCUCCGCCGCUGCUCGUCGGCUACGGCGCGACGGAGGCAUUGCCUGUCGCCACCCUCACCGCCGCCGAAGCCCUCUCCGCCGAGGUUGCGGGACGGGCGCGCCGCGGCCACGGCCUCUGCGUGGGCCACGUCGCACCCGGCGCAAAGGAGCUUCCCGCCGGCGAGCUCGGCGAGCUGUGUGUCGCCGGCCCGCUGGUGGCACGCUACUUGGGAGCGGCCGGCGGCGGGGACGAGGCGGCGCUGUGGCACCGCAUGGGCGAUCUCGGCUACGUCGACGCGGCCGGCCGGCUCUGGUUCUGCGGCCGCCUCUCGCACGCUUUUCGCACGCCGCAGCACGGGCUUGUCUUGCCGCUGUGCGCGGAGCUGCUCUUCCUCGACGAGCCGGGCGACCGCGCGCAGAAGCUGCUCGCGCGAGCGGCGGGGACGCGGUGGGAGGGGGUUGUCCAGCUGGUCCUCCCGCUGCCCUCGCUGCCGAUGGACCUGCGGCACAACUCGAAGAUCGACCGGCUGCAGCUCGCCGCCGCCGUCGCACCGCGCGUCGCCCCCCUCCUCGCGUCGGCGUCGCGCCCGCCGCUGCUCCGCACUGAGGAUGUGCUGGCCGCGCAGCCCCGCCGGCUCUUUGCCGCGUGCUGCGCCACCCAGGCCGGCAUCCUACUGCUGCUCGGCCCGGUCGGGCCGGACCUGCUCCGGCUGCAGCUCUGCUUCUCGCCGUCGCGCUUCCGCGCGGCCGUCGCUGGCUGGCGGCCCGGCGGCGAGCUCUGGCACUUCCGGGCGCACUUUCUCCUCGACGCGUGGUAUCCGGUUCUUUACGGGGCGCUGCUGGUGCACCGCGCCGCGGCGCUGCUGCCGGCCGGGAAAAUCCGGCGCCGGCUGCAGGCGCUCGCAACGUUCGGCGCGUGCUGUGACAUCGUCGAGAAUGCGCUUCACAUGCACGCCGCGGCCGCACCGUCCCUCGACGCGGCGCCCGACUGGCUCAUCGUCGCCGCCGCCGCCGCCGCCACGACGAAAUGGGCGGUCAUGCUGCCAGUCUGCUGGAUGCUCCGCCCUGGCUCCGGAUGA